CAAAACUACCCCUUGUUAAUCAUCAGGGCAAAUUGCUUCUCCCUCUCCCGCUCUCAACCGGUUCUUUGUUAAGUUGGAGUUUCGAAAAGAUCAUGAUCUUAUUUUGUUUUUCCCUGGCUUUGAUUUGCUGUAGAAGGAGAACAAGAGUGAAGGCAAGAAGGCUGACGGAGGGAAAAAAGGAUGAGGGUUCGAUUACCGUUGUCUUGAAGAUUGAUAUGCGCUGUGAAGGUUGCAGCAAGAAGUCAAACGAUCUGUUAAGGGUUUUCAAAGGUAUUGAAGACAUCAAAGGAGACGAUGACAACAAUAAGCUAACCAUGGUAGGCAAAGUAGACCCAUUGAAACUUCAAGAGCGAGUAGAGCAAAAGAUGAAGAAGAAGGUGGAGCUCAUAUCCCCCAUCCCAUCAUCUCGCCAAGAAAGGGUACUUUCAAAAUGUAUAAUAUCCAGUUGCUUCACCUGAAAAAUCAUACUCCAGUAAAAAGAUUGAUCAGACAAAGAAGAAAUACUUGUUAAAAGAAUCCAAUAAAAAAUACUUAUUAAAAUAGCCAAGACAGGAAGAAGCCAUCCCAAAGUUGUUUACAUGUGUAACCAGACAAACAUAAGUAACCAACCUGUAGACCUUUCCUGGACUGUCUGCAGAAAUCCUAAUG